UAGCUAUAGAUACUAACCUGGCUGGUUGAGCAUGCCAUUAAGAUACUACUGUUAGCACAUAGCUUGCUAAUAGUUUAGCAAAUGAUACAAUCGUCUUUGUAAUUGGCCGUCUGGAUUUUUUUCUAUUGACCAACAGAAUCUGAAGCAUCCUUAUUUGUAACAACGACACGUUGCGUGAUGACGCACUACAACAAAAAACUUUGCACGGAAAGAUUGUGUGACUUUGUUGUUGUAGCAUUAGCCAGCUAAGGAAGUGCUAGCCAGAUUCCCAUAGCAAAGUGAACCACCUGACCGCACUGUGCCGGAAACUGGUCUCUAUGAGUACAAAGUUUUUGGUUGUCUGAAGAACUGUGCUCCAGAUCAGUGUGCAGAGGUCUACAUGGACCUGGCGUACAGGAAACAAUGGGACAGCUAUGUCAAAGAGCUCACCGAAAAAGACCAUGAUGGACAGUCUGCAAUUUACUGGGAGGUGAAAUAUCCCUUCCCCCUGUCGAACAGAGAUUACGUGUACGUGAGAGAGCGUAGAGACCUCGAGAUUGAGGGAAGAAAGAUUUGGGUGGUCUUGGCCAAGAGUUCCUCUGCAUCUCAGUGCCCGGAGAAGAGCGGUGUGAUCAGAGUGAAAGACUACAAACAGAGCAUGGCCAUAGAGACUGAUGGUGAUUGUGGCACCAAAGUCUUCAUGAACUACUUUGAUAACCCUGGUGGCAUGAUCCCAACCUGGCUGGUGAACUGGGCUGCUAAGAGUGGUGUUCCAGGGUUUCUCACAGACAUGCAGAAGGCCUGCAACAACUAUCACAACUUCUGCAAGAACAAAAAAUGACAUGCCAGGGCUGCAGAAGUACUCUGAUCCUGCAUGGAAUCUCAUCUUGUGUGCCGUCCCUCUAUAGCGUGGUGAACCUCUUAGCAUUUAAAUCUUAUCCUGGGGCAUUUGGGAGCUUUGAGUUACUGCAAACAAAAUGAACUUGGUGCUGUGGUGGCCAAUUUGUACUUUAUGAUUAACAGUCAUAGCAUUUUAAAGAAUGUCUCACUUAAACUUUCAGGAAUCACAAGAGCUGUAUCACUAAUGUGCAAUAUGUCUUGACUUUGUGCAAUUUUGUUGUAUUUUUCAUUGUUCUGUACCACACUGUUCAUUUUAAGAAUCAUAUCUAGGAUACCUUCUGAAUUGAACCUUUUUAGAAUUUACUGUUUGUUUUGUUUUCUGCCAUUUCUCCCGAACAAUCUUGCACUAAUAAUAAGCACUCCAUCAUUUUACCUAUUCACUGUAUUUUUCACCUUCCAUGAAUGAAACGUGGUUGGGUGGCAAGUGUCUGUUCCAGAAUUUACCUUUGUGAACGGUUUGUUACCUUCAUGUGGUGUCAACAUUUUAAAUAGUCCUGAAGAGCUGAUAGGCCUAUACACUUUCCGAUUGUUGGGCUGAUGCAAUGCAUUGCGCAAAAUUCAUUAAAAAAUGCCUUCGUCUUU